AUGUCCUCAUGUAUUGAAGAUAUUCCCAUUGAUCAAGCUACUAUUUCAGAUACAAUUGAUCACCAAAAUUGCUUGAUCGGAAGUGGAGAAUUGCAAAAGGAUCAAGUUAAUGAUCCGAAAGUUGCCCAAGAUUGUCCCCAAAUCGAUUUGUAUGAAUUUCUAACGGAGGCCGAACUGCAACAUUAUUACAAUGCUGUCAAAGAUGAACUUAAGAUAACGAAUGCUUCACAAUUCAAAUAUGCCACCGAUGAAGAUCUCAAAAGUAUUGGUAUGUCAAGACCGGAAAUACGACGUUUACGUAAAUUCUAUGAAAAAUAUUUCCCUCAUGGUUAUUUGAGUAAAAUAAAACGACUGCUGCAUGCCCCCACCUCAAUGGUGAAGAAAGAUGAAAUGACGGGUAGUGUAACAAGUGCAACAGCUGCCAGUCCUUCGGGCAGUUUAAGUGGUACAGCAACAGGUCCUGCUUCAAAGACUAGCAGUUCGCCCAGUAAAGCACCAAACAAUAAACACAUCAUACCGGCCGAUGCUAUAAGUGUUAAUAAACAAUUGGGCACUGGAGAAUUUGGUAUAGUGCAACAGGGUGUGUGGACUAAUGGUUCGGAAAGGAUACAAGUAGCCAUAAAAUGUCUUUGUCGCGAACGUAUGCAAUCGAAUCCCAUGGAAUUUUUAAAAGAAGCCGCCAUUAUGCAUUCCAUUGAACAUGAAAACAUAGUGCGUUUAUAUGGCGUAGUCUUGGCCACCGAUUCCUUAAUGUUGGUCACCGAAUUGGCUCAUUUACGUUCAUUGCUGGAAUGUUUAAAAGAUCCUGGCUUGAGGGUUAGUUUUUUAACGGUGCCCACUCUGUGUGAAUUUGGUUUACAAAUUUGCAAUGGCAUGCGUUAUUUGGAAAAUAAACGUUUAAUACACAGAGAUUUGGCAGCUCGUAAUAUUUUAGUUUUUAGCAAGAAUAAAGUAAAAAUCUCAGAUUUUGGUUUAUCACGUGCUUUGGGUGUAGGCAAAGAUUAUUAUAAGACCAAUUUCAAUGUAAAUCUAAAAUUGCCCAUAGCCUGGUGUGCCCCAGAAUGUAUUAAUUACUUGCGCUUCACCAAUGCAUCAGAUGUUUGGGCUUUUGGAGUUUGUUUGUGGGAAAUGUUCUCAUAUGGUUUUCAACCUUGGGCUGCUUUAACUGGCCUACAAAUAUUGGAAGCUAUUGAUGCUCCUAAUUAUCAGUGCUUUCGUUCCAUAUCGAGUGAUAUGAAUACUUUAGCCACUUCAUCUUGCGAUAUACGCAUACCGCUAUUCGAUAAAGAAAGUUCAGAUUUUUGUUUUGAAAAAUCGCGUGAAAUACUUACGCGUCCCCUACAAUUUGGCAGUCGUAGCUCAUUUACGGCACCCACACCCCCACCCUCGCUUGAAUACACAGAUGCUAUCAGUCAAAGUCCACGUAAAGAUAAGAAGACUUUGUCCGAAAAUCUCAUGGACAUAGAAAAUACUUUAAAAGCUCUUAAUUUAGAUUUUAUGCACACCUACACGGAUGUGGAUAAAAACGACUCGGAUGAGACCAUUUUAAAUGAUCAAUUCUCGAGUAUUGUGUCAUCGUUAGAUGAUGAAAUUAGCAGUGCCACGGGUAGUUUAAAAUCGUCUACUGUUUAUAAUUAUCAAAAUGGUAAACAUACUACCACGACCACAUUUGAUUUUAAUGCAGCCACCAAUCAUUUGGAUAAACACUUACAAUUGAUGAGCGGUCAGGUGAAUAAGAAUUCACCUAAUUCGGUAGAUAAACGUUCAAGUACACCGGAUACCGGUUUCGCUUCUAGAGAUACUAUUUCACUGUCAAGGCGCAGCAGCCAAAAGUCUAGCUAUAGUCCCCAGGAUAGUUAUUUCAGUCCUAAGGAUUUGAAUUUUCCUCCCUCGUCUUUAGGUGGUAGUGCUGGUUGUUAUGCUAAUUUUAAGACAGAUAUUUUUAAAUAUGGUGAUGAUAUGGUGUCACCUUUUAGGUCCAUCACGACAGUACACAAAACAAGCAAUACUAGCAUUUAUUCUCCCAAUCAAUUGAGAAUCGAUGAAGCAAACAAUGAUACGUACAAUGGCAAUCAGGAACAACGACAACGUUCCAUGUCUUUUACCGACAAUCUUAAUCGUGAUUCAGCAAUAACAGAAAAAAGAAACGGUAAAUUACUACAGAAACCCAAACAAUCUGAGGAAGUUUCUCAAAAAACCAAAGCAAUGUCAUAUAAGUCGCGUUCAGCCAGAGCGAGAACAUUAAGACGCUUAAGUUACAAUCCCAUGCCUCAGGUUGCUACUAGUUCUUCUAGCACCGAUGAUGACAGUGAUCAUAGUAUGGAUCGUAGUAUGGCUAGAUCUGAAUGUGAUAUACGUUCUCGCGGAUCGGGUUCUUUGUAUCAACGUCGUAGACGGGCGGGUUUUAAUCGUAAACUAUUUGCCGUCUCUGUAAAGGAUGAUCACGAUGUGGAGAUUCAGGGUGAAAGACAAAGUAAAAUUUAUGGUUCCAAUGCUAGCAUAAAAUCGGCACCACAUUACAAUUAUACCCGAUCCUCUAGAUCAUCGGCUAUGGCUGCCUCUUCUUCACAAAGACCAUAUAAACUUAACCCCUAUGAAGAGACGUAUCCAUAUGAAGAGAGAAUUUAUGACUUUGGGGCAGCACCACCCAAAACUAAACCAUAUAAUGCACAACUAAUACCAAAACCACCUAAAACUUUUCAAGUAUCUUCUAUAGCCACAAAUUCGGGUUCAGGUUCAUCGUCAGCCUCAUCGGCGGCUGCCAGUUUUACACGUUCGGUAGUAGCAAACUCAUCGGUAUUUCAGGAGUUUGAUGUAACACGUCUAACAGGACGUAGUCCUACUUCCAAUGUAGCCGAUGUCGAACAUAAUAAUACUGCUUCACAUUUAGAAUUUCAAUGGCCCGAAAAGAUACAUGCCUCCACGGUCAAACAAAAUGAAAUGCUGUGGCGGCAGCAGCAACAACAAAUACCCGAAUUUAAUGCACACGGCAAUUAUAGAUCUAGCAAAGAUCAACCAUCUUCCACUCUAAGCUCUUCCACUACCGAUAGUGAUCAAUUUGAAUAUCGUAUGGGUUAUACCACCCAUCUGCCGCCUAGUCCGGCCAUUAUCGGUGAAGAAGGACGCGAAGCUUAUAAUAGCUUAAUCGAACGUAAACACACCAUGGAUAUCGAUACAACAGCUUGCCUGUUGAGAAAACAGGAUUCGACACAGUUUCCUUUAAAAUCGUCCAAGACAUUGCCAAGACGUUCGUGUCAUUUGAAAAAUGAUAGUGAUGAAUUUAUAUCCACUAUACCGAUGAGAUCGGCAGGAAAUGAACAUGAUUUGGUAAUACCACCUAUACAAAAUGCACCACGACCUACUACCUUACCCACACGAGGCGCCGCCAAUCGUUUGCGGAAAGCAGAAUUGGGUUUGGUAAAAGAUGGUGGUAAUGCCAUGGAUAUGAACAGCAAUCCAACAUUAAAUAAUCGUAUGGGUGAUAAUAUAUCACCCUGUGAAAGUCCUAGUUAUGUAACUAGUACUUCGUAUAAAUUUCCAGAACAAACCACAACUUCGCCAAACCAGGAAGGCGAGGAGAAUUCUUUGCCAGUUUUGCCACCCAAAGAGGGUAAAAAACAUAUACAGGCCAAUCCAAAACGUCAUGUACGCAAAUAUCCUUUAAUUAUACCGGCAAAUGGGGUGCAACGAACCCUGAAUAGAGUCAUGGGUGAUGAAGAUAAAACUUCAUUACUUAAAACUAACACAAUAGCAAAUUCUAAUCAGCGCAACUUGUCUACAGUGAAACCUUUUAAUAUCAACAAUAAUAAUAACAUGGCAGAAUAUGAAAAUACUUCGAAACUUCAAGGCGAGUCGAGCAAAGAAGAAAGGACUUAUCAGAAUAUAGGCUCCGAUGAUACAGCCUCUUUACAGUUUGAAUCUAUUUUGGAAGCGGAUUCAAAUAAAGAUCAAGUUUUACAAUCUCCCGAUGUAACAGAUGGUUUUUACAAUUUCUCCAUACAAAAGGAUCACUAUCACAAGAGUAAAGAAGUGGAUUUUGAUGCCCAAAAACUGGCAAGUGGUUUGUAUGUGAACGAAGAUGAAUUAAGGAAUUUAGAUAUUGACAAAAGUAUGGCCAAACUUAAUAAACAGAAUACGGAUAAUAAAAAAUCUAGUGAAAGUUUAGAUAAUAAAGUGCCAGUGACAGAAGAAAAACCUAAAGAAUUACCUAAAUCCACCAUAGAAAUUACCGAAGAAAGUUUUGAUCAAAUACCGCCCUCUGUAGUGGCAACAACGUCGGCAGAGUUUUUAGCUAAAACCUCGACAACAGCGGCAACGAAACCCUUAAAGGCGGAUAAUGAGCUUGCGGGCAAUGCUCUCUUCAAGAAAGUACGAGAAUCUGUAGAACAAGCCAUGACUAAAACUACAGAUGCAAGUGAUGCAUCACUUAAAAGGGAUUUGGUUAAACCACCAACCGAAGCAGAACUAUUUUCCGCGGCAGUUAAUCGUCUAAACGAUUGCAAUUCCGUUAGUUGUGAAGAUUUACUAGAGUUUUCCGAUAAAAAACCUAAAGGUCAUGAGAGGGGAGUAGACUCGGAUGAAGUACGCAUAAUGAUGAAGGUUUUGGGAAAGGAUAGCUUUCCUGAACGCUGCUUAAAAUCUUUAGAAUUCAUAGACUGGGAUGUCCAUAAGGCCAUUAAGAUCAUAAAACUACAAAAUAUACUAAACGACAUGAAUUUAGAUUUACCAGAGACGGUGGAAUAUCUACUCAAAUACGAUUGGGAUCUGCAUACCACAGCCAGACGUCUCAAAAGUUUAAAGACUUGAACUCUCGAGCAUAUUUAUCCAAAAUAUAUAGACUUUGUUUUCCAUUUACAUAUUUAAUUAACUAUGGUAAACUAUUUUAUUAAUUUAUAAUAUAUUUUAUAUAUUAUUAACUAUUAAGAAACUUAAGAUAUUUUUUUCUAUGGGAAUUAAAAAUCUAAUUAACGCAUGCAUUUCUAUGUUUGUCUUUAAGAAAUUUCAAAGAAAAUUUGCAAAUUUAACUUUUGUUGUACUUAUUAUGAUCAAAUUAUUUUUUUAAAUGACUUUUAAAUACGUUCGUAGACGUACAUAAGUUUUUUUUUUAUAUUUAACAUUUAAUUAUUUAACCUUCAUUAAGUGAAUAAGUAAGUGCCUUUUGUGUAACCAUGAUGAUCUUAUAAAGAAUAAAAAUCGAACAUUUAUUAAAGAUUAUAAUAAACUA